AUAUUAUUUGUUUAGAUUGAUCUAAUCUACACGAUAGAUUUAUGUGUUAUCAUCAAGUAUCCUGUAUAAAAAGCACAAAAGUAUACUUAUCAAUUAUGAUAAUACAAAGUGGGGCAGUAAUCUGCUAAAUGCUGUUUUAUCCACUGCAAUCAGAUUUGCCAAGUCGCACUUUAAAACUAGAUAUGUUAGCGAUAAAGUCGAUAUAAGUAAACCGAGGUAUCGCAAAGGUAAAUAUUUCAUUGGAUUACACAAUAUAGACAACGUCGCGGGAAACGAAUAACUAUGACAUUAACGCUAUUGUUAUUAAUUCUUUCGUUGAGUGCUUCUCACGCUCAAUUGGAACCCAGAAUUGUAGGAGGAAGGAACGCUGAGCCGGGCGAAGUUCCGUAUCAAGUAUCUCUACAGAAGAUUAAAACGCAACAUAACUUCUGUGGUGGCGUUAUACUUAAUAAAUACUACAUACUGACCUGCGCUCACUGUAUGUUCGAGAAAGACAUCAAACUUCUCUCGGCAGUUGUGGGGACAAUUGAUUUACGACUGCCAUUCUCAACGCAUCUCCUCGAGUCUAGCUACAUACACGAAAAAUAUAAUCGUACAGAUUCGUGGAUUAACGAUAUCGCUCUGAUUAAGGUGCAAACGCCAUUCGUGUUUUCCUUCUUGGUACAUCCUGUCAUAUUACCGCGACAGGAUGAAAUCGUUAAGGCUGGGGCGACAGCAGUCGUAUCGGGAUACGGCAGAUUACAGCAUAAUGGAAAAAAGACGAAACAAUUACACAUCGUGAGCAUCAAGAUAGCCGAUCAAGCUCACUGCAAAGCUAUGUACAAGGAGCGAUCAAGGAUCAUAUACAACACGCAAAUCUGUGCAAAUGACCCUACCGUGGAGAAAGGUUCGUGCAAGGGUGAUUCCGGCGGGCCUCUGAUGGUCGAUGGAAAACUCGUAGGACUCGUCUCGUGGUCAGCACACUGUUCUGACACGAAAUAUCCUGCUGUGUACACACGCGUCCCGUCGUACAUCAAUUGGAUUUCAAAGCAUAUAAUAUAACUUGAAAUAAUUAACGGAACGACUGAAAUCAAUAUUUUAAUGUAAUGCGCGCGGAAAUUGAAUUAAUACAUGUAAUACGCAUUAUAUGUCCGAAUGUAGGCGUAAAUUUUCUCGGGAUACAUGUGGAUAUCACAUUGUUCAAAUGCUUAUUAAUAUUAUUUUACGCUGUUAUAUUUAUUAUUUCGCGUACACCAGAAAAAAUCAAUUCUCGUCGCAAAUAUUGAAAUACGAAAUAGACGAAAACAAUCGAGUACUUUAGCAUACUUGCUUGCCUUUAACGAGACAAUGACAAUCGCCAAGAAAAAAAGAAAUAUUGUGUUUGCGGUUGACCUUUUGCGGACGAAUGAAUCGUGUUGAUUAACGAGUACCGGCUGCGCUCGCGAAGAAAGAGACAAAAGUUUAACGAACGCAUCGUUGAAAGAUAUUCAUCAGGCAUCAAAUCCGAAUUGAAUAGAAAAGUAGUUUGCGGAGGGACGACACAUCGCGCCGGUAGGCUUCGCUUUUACGACGUCGUAGAGAUAGUGAAAACGCCCGGCUGAACCGCGCAAUUCGACGCAAUUCGUGCACAGACUCUGCGCACGAAUUGUCUCGUCUGUGCACGAGAUUAAAAACUAAAAUACCUUGAUGCGAAUAAGAAACAAAUCCAAGGAGGAGAUCGAUGAGCAAAUAAUAGUGUAGGAAAUAAUACGCUCGCACGCUUCAAGCAAUUAUCACGUGAGACGCGCAAUUAUAAUCCGAAUCCCGGAAAAAGCAGCUACGUAUUUUCUUACAUUUCCUCCUCGCGCUGCAGCUUUCUACGGGACUUUCUGUUCCCUCGGGUGGUACGUAUAAUUGUUAAGAAUUACGGUGCGAGGAGUUCUCGCAAGUUUGUUUGCUCGGAUUUACGUCGCCUUUAAUUCUCCUAAACGCGUUACGCGGAUGUGACUUGCAUACGCUCCAACUUGUAUGUGCACAUAAUAAUUGCUAUCUUUGCGUAAUUAAGAGAAACAGUCCGGAUAUUCUUACGGAUAAAAAUCCGUGAAAAAUAUGGAGUCACAUAGAUAGGUUACAUCAACAUUCGUCAUAGAUUAAAAUUUUUCUAAACCG